CCUCGAGCCUAUGCACCACUGAAACGUGGCACCGAUUAUUCCUCUAAUUCACCGACUCUGACUGGAGGUCUAGGCUACGGAUUUUCCCGUUGCCAAGGCUGACUUAUCGGAAAGCUGAGACAUCCACUUGUAGGGCCAAUGGCAUAUCGCACCUAAGCCUUCCCCUACGGGCUAAGACCCACAAUGUCAGAAAGCCGAACGUGUUUCUCCUGACUCUGGUUCUCAUAAAGUACAUGUGCCACUUGCGAAGUUUUCGCUCUAACGUUUCUUUCCCCAUGUUGGAUCUCUGUGCCGGGGGAGACUGAUCUCCUUCAAUCCUUCCCACCACACUCUUUGUAUUAGGCGUUGCUACAUGAGUCGCGGGCGAUUCAAGCGGUGUGCAUAUCUUACCGAUGCAUGAUCUUGGAUCACCACAUCAGCAAGAUUAAGCGCUUCUCCGGCCUGUCAAAAGUGCCAUGGUGACAAUAUGAGUCCGCCAACCUAACAUUUCGUCCCUAGCGCCUCUGCGAAUGAGCGCUCGUUAUCUUUUCUCGUGAUCUAUCAGCAACAGAGAUGCCAGCCACGGAUGGGCAGAACUCGGUACAGAAAUGGCGGGCCUCCAGAGGUUGGCUACCUUGGACGUUACACAAAGUAUACCUUCUUCCGCUGGCAGGGUUGUUUCUGUUCAUGUUGGGGGUCAUCGAACUUCUGCGCGAAUACUCCAAGCGAAUGGGAGGCAUAGUUCAUUGGGCAUAUGAAGAGGACCUUCCGACCGCCACAUGGGGAGCCUACACCUAUCUGCCUUUGAUCUUUGCCCUAUUAGCCAUCAACCUUCUCGAUGUUUGCGCUCAGGAUGUAUUACGGCUUGAACCUUACUUUCAGCUAGCCAAGCCGGGCGGGGCUCCGGCCACCGUGCUGUUCAACAAUUAUUGCUGCAAUGCGUUUACGGCAUCUAUCAUAGCGUUUCGCAAUCGCCAUUGGGUUGUACUUUGUGUCGCGCCUGUCUCAUUAAUUUUCCGCAUGUUUCUCCCCUCGCUGCUAGCUGGUCUAGUGAUCUUGGACGAUGGGAGUUGGGUUGAGAGGAAAAUCGUCAACACCUGGCCGACUAUCAUUGAUCUGGAAAUUCAACAACUUUGGCUAGCAGCAGGAUCUUCGGGCGAGGGGCCUAUGGGCUCGCCGGAGCUGAACAGUUUCUUCAUGCCUGACCCUGCAGACUACGCAACUCCUCCUACCUCGCUGCCUGACGACCAAAACGAAUCCUCUUUGCUGACUUUGAAUCAAACCAUAUAUUGGUCGAAUAUGACAUGUGUCAGCAAUACUCGAAGAGGGCUAUCGCCACAAACCGAGACAAACCUCACCUUAACGAGCCAAUUGCCUCAUGGUCAACAAAUCUGGUCGUGGAAUGUUGGAAAUAUGUCAAUGGGGAACCUUCCAGGAGGUAACAGCAGCUCACGAUGUCAAAUUAGCACCGCACUGGACACCGUCAUUGGCUCAGAUCAACAAACUUUACAAGCAAAGUUUUGGGAGCCCAUGGGCUAUGAUGGGAAAUUGCUGGCCCCGUCUGCCUUCACCUAUGAGGAUUGCAGUGCAUUCAAGGUCUUCGGGGUCAUUGUCGAUAUGCAACUUGCCGCAGGAAAUGUUUCUGACUCGAAUGUCACUGUGCUUGCCUGUUCACCAACAUAUCAGCAAGCAUGGGCAUCUGUGACUCUCAACCCAAACGCCUCCAUCGCCGAUGUGGAUAUGACGCCUUCAACUGUCAAGUCUCUCGACACCGCUGAUUUCUAUGUGGAUGGAAUCCAUGAUCUGAUUGCUUCUCGAUAUUUGACAUCAGAGUCUGAUGUCCGUUUUGGAAACACCACGCAGCUGAAUGUGUCUGCCAGUAGCGGCGACCCUGUCAUCGUCGCAACCGACUCGACUAUAUUGAACUACGAGGAAUAUGUGCAGGAAAUCCGCCAGUAUUGGAAUUCAGACUUCAUCGUCACGAUCGAUCGAUUUUUCAGCCCUGGUGGGUUUCCAACGCCCGUCGAAGCCAGCCAGCAGAGUUUUGUUAUCAUAUUGACGGUCGCAUCUAAGGCCGCAACACUCGCCGAAGCUAUUCUAGCCCUGGGCCUCUGUAUGAUUGCUACACUAAUAUACAUGUACCGGCGCCGGUCUAAUUUCUUGCAAUGGGACCCGGGGUCAAUAGCUGCUCAAUGCACAAUCGUUGCACAGCUCUUCAAGCCAUCAACCAAAGUCAUGUUUUCAGAGGCAAAAUUGGACAUGGCAACCACUCGUCAACUUCGGCAAUGGGCAAAUGGUAAAUGGUGCGAGUGGGUAGACGAAGAUGGCGAAGAAAAGCUCCAAGUGGUUGAUCGGAGUGAAGCAUCUUUGGCUCCACCUCACCCACCUCCCCGUCGCCGCGAUCCCAUGCCCCAUUUCCUGCGGCCUAUUUGGUUUCUACUCGAGUGCUUGCUUUUCGCUGCGAUAUUGGCUCUGUUCGGUGUGAGUUUGUCAUACAUUCGCUUGAAGAAUAUCAACUCUCUUUUCAGUACCGGAGCAACCGUGGCCAUGAUUUUCCUCAACUUCGGUCCCACUGCGAUUGCGUCCAUUAUUGGCUCAUUCCUCGUCUCCAUUUAUCGCAAUCUGAGCUCGAUGGAGCCUUGGAUCAGGCUGCAAGAUGGAAUGGCCUCGGCGCGGCAGUCUGUCGUCGAGAACUAUGGGAUUCAAACACCAUUCAUUCCAUUGUUCAUCAGACGCCACCGAAGGUCCGGCAUUCUUCUUACAUUAUCUAUUGUGUGCCUGGGAGAUCUCGUGCUUCGAAUUCUCAGUGGUGGCCUCUUUACACCACAACUGAAGAACUAUUUAUCGCCAAGCUCGGAUCUGAUCAGCAUGUACAACUCUUCUGCCAUGGUCAACAAUGUCAAUCAAAGUGAUAUCCAAAUGACCUUGGUGGCAACAGGCAGACUUUUAAACAAUGUCUCGUUCCUUCAAUGGGCUUCAACGGAUGGAAAGUUCUUCAUGGUGCCAUUUUCGAUUCACAAUACCUCUGAAGAUGACCAAGAUGAGGACGAUGACUAUACCGUAUAUUCUGCGACGACUCGCGGCUUUGGAGCCGACCUCGACUGCAAGGUGCUCCCCGCUGCUUCCUCCGACACUUCGCUUGCCUGGAAUUAUAAGAUCGCUCAAGCCGGAGUCACAAAAACCUGUACUGUCGACAUUCCUCUGACAGAAGACCUGGCGAGCAGAAGUGGAAAGUCCAUUCACUAUUAUGCCCCUAACGGGACGGACAACUCCUGUCAAGAAUCCAGCAUCUUUGUCCUCGCAUUCUGGGACCUGAGAAACAUCACCGACAUCAACGAAGCCGGCACAACCGCCUUGCACUGUGAGCCCAAAAUCCACAUACAAGAUUUCCAUGUGGAAGUUGAUUCCAGCGGAAUGGUUCAGGAUCAACGUCCCAUCAGUGGGAGCUCUAUUUCCAGCGGCUCGCUCUUUCAUAACGCAUCAGCCAUCUUGGCAGACUUCAAUCAAGUGUUAGCAGGCCAGCCUCGAAAUUUUUCAUCGCAUCAUUUCAACUUCUCACGCCCUCAUGGCCACCGUCGCCACCAUCAACAUGACUGGCCUGGCCGAUUAACCGCCAAUGCCUACGACAUGACCUUCCCAGACGACUUCAUGUUGAAGUCAGAACAUCUCAUGCUCUCCGUCCAGACUGUCUACCAGACCGUCUUCAGUACCCACCUCGCUCUUUGGAAAGAUAAGUUCCUUGAGCGUCUGCCAACACAUUCUGCCCAAACGGCACACGGCAAUCUCCUAGAUAGCCUGUGGGGUUUCAUACCAUCCACCAGCCUAGUCGUCAUCAUAAUCUGUCUCCUCGCCAUCGACGCAGUCGCUCUAAUGGCCGUGUUCGCGUUUCGUUUCAAUCGCUACCGAGGACCCCGCGUUCCCCGGUCUAUUGGAUCUCUCAUCCCGUGGGUUGUCCAAAGUCGCAUGCUUGCUGACCUUGGGGAUACGUGGGAAAUGAGCGAACGCGAGCGGGAGGGGUACUUGCUUGAGAAGGACUGCAAGUACAAAGUUGGAGACUUUUCGGCCGUGGGUGGGCCCCGCUGGGCCUUGGAUUAUGAUUACGAUGACCAACGAUCAGACCCGGGGAUCGAGCUGCAGGAUCGUGGACCUGUUGAGUAAAAUAAUGAUAAUAUGUUAUAUACCACUUUCUAUGUACUUGAACAAUGAACAAAGCUAUACCAGCCGACUGAUCCUCUGC